AUGGGAUGUGCUGCUUCCAGGUUAGAAGAUGAGGAGGCUGUCAAGAUGUGCCGGGACAGAAGGGACUUCAUCAAGCAGGCACUGGAGCAGCGCAACCGAUUUGCGUCUUCUCACAUUGCUUACAUCGAGUCCCUGAAGCGUGUUUCAAUGGCUCUCCAACGGUUUGUUGCUGGAGAUGAUCAACAUGAGCUCAUCUUCGAUACAUUCAUCUCUCCUGUCAAGCAACAGAAGCCAGAGAUGCUUGGGCUGCCUUAUGGUUCAUAUGAGAAGAGAACCAUUCAUGUCUCAAGAUACCUGAGGUCAGGACCUAACCCAUCAGUGUCAGUUGAGGAGCACCCACGACCGGUGGAAACAGUCCGUGUCGAGUCACAUUACCCUAUGGACAAUGACAGUGGCAUGGAUAGGUUCUUACCAAUGCACUCACCGGUGAGAUCGUCUUCAUACUACCCACCACCUUAUAACAGGCCAAGCUACCCACCUCCAUCGGCCCAGGAACCAGUUAGGAAUUCUUCUUCCUAUUACAUGUCUUAUGACAGGCCAAGCUAUGCACCUUCAUCACCCCAGGAGGCAAUGAGGACUUCUUAUUAUGGAUCUUAUGACAGGACAAGCUACCCAUCAACAUCACCCCAGGAGCCACAGAGGAAUUCUUAUCACGUGCCAUAUGACAGGCCAAGCUACCCACCUCCGUCACCCCAGGAGCAGGAAUCAUCACCGUGGGACUUCUUCUGGAACCCAUUCUCAUCGCUGGACAGCUUUUCAUAUCCCCGCCCUCGGAGUAGCUAUGACAAUGUGGUCACUGAUGAUGAACUUGCGAGGUUACAACAGGUACGAGAGGAGGAAGGAAUUCCAGAACUUGAAGAGGAAGAUGAUGAGUGUCAAGAGCAUAUACAAAUGCACAGAAAAGAGGAAAAAGAAGAGCAUGGCAAUGCAGAUGAUGAUGAAGAUGAAGAUGAUGAAGAAGAUGAUGACGAGGAAUGCGAGCAUUCAGAUGAGUGUAUGGUUUCUAACGAGGGCACUUGCUCUGUGAAUUUUGAUGCCAAUAUGAAGCAAGAAACAAAGGGAUUUGAAUCCAAAGGUAUUCAGUGUACUGAAGCACCAGAACCUCGCAAAACAGUAGAACUUGAGAUAAAGGCACACAAGAAAGAACUGAUGAGAAACAGAGUAGCAAAUGCAGAAGAAACUCCUGGUUUCACAGUAUAUCUGAAUCGAAGGCCAGCAAGCUUGGUUGAGGCCAUGAAGGAUAUCGACUGUCAGUUCUUGGGGAUAUGUGACGCUGCUCGGGAAAUCUCAGUAAUGUUGGAGGCAAGUAGAGUUCAGUACUCAACCUCAAACGAUCUUUCUGCGAAGAUGCUGAACCCAGUUGCACUUUUGCGCUCUGCAUCAUCGCGUUCAUCAUCUUCUCGUUUCCUUCUUGCUCCCUCUAGCUCAAUAGAUGAUCUCUAUGACAAUGAGACUAGCAGCUGUUACUCUGAAGAAUCUUGUAGUACCAUGUCUGGAAGUCACCACUCGACCUUAGAUAGACUUUAUACAUGGGAGAAGAAAUUAUACAAAGAAGUAAAGGCAGGUGAGCGGUUAAGAAUCGAGUAUGAGAAGAGGUUGACACAUUUGAGGAACCAAGAUGUGAAAGGCGAAGAACCUUCCUCUGUUGAUAAGACUUGCGCAGCAUUGAGAAGCUUGCAUACUCGGCUGAAGGUGUCAAUACACACAGUUCAGUCAAUAUCAAGAAGGAUUGAAAUUCUAAGGGAUGAGGAACUGCAUCCUCAGCUUAUGGAGUUGAUUCAAGGGUUAUCGCGGAUGUGGCGCGCCAUGGCUGAACGCCACAAAGUUCAGAAGCGAACCAUCGAGGACGCCAAACUUCUCUUCCUCCAGCACCACCCCUCGGCCGCCACUGCCAUCUCCCUUGGUCCACUAGAGGCUGCAACUCCCCCACCGGCUGCCUUGGCAUUGGAAUCCGAGAUCCAGGCCUGGCGAGGAGCCCUGGAGACCUGGUUGUUUGCGCAGCGCGCCUAUGCGCGCGCACUAGCCUCGUGGGCGCGACGAUGCCUCGGCAUCAGCAGCGCGGCGCGGCCCAGCCAUCCGCUGCCGCCGGCGUUCCUAGCGUGCAUGGAGUGGGGGCGCGCGGUUGACGCGGCCACUGAGGCACGAGUGAUAGACGGUCUGGACUUCUUUGUCGCUGGCGUCGGGUCAGUGUGCUCGGGCGUGGCUACCGGGAUGGAGGGCAUGGCUGGGCGGGUGCUGUGUGCUGGCAUGGCAGCGGUCACUGGCGCCAUGGCGGAGUUCGCGGCGGCGUCUGCAGACAGCUAUGACGCAGCUGUCACAGCUGUGAUCACCGCGGCGCGUGCGCCGGAGCGCGGGAAAGAGAACGGCAUGGGACAACUGGAACGCUAG